UCAAGUUUCUUUUUAUUUUAAGUCCAAGUGGCAACCUUUGGCACUUGGACCUACAGCUUCCCACAAACCCUGUAAGGAGAUGCUGGGAGUUGUAGUCCCAAUGUUGUCUCUGCCCCAACCUGCUCUACCUGCCCGUGCAGCUCCCCCUUCCUGCAGAAUACUUGAGAGAAGUCAGUGCAUUUUUAGCCACUUGCUUCACUGAAGGAGCAAUUGUGGCAGCCAGAGGAGAGAUAACAGGAGCUGUAGCAGGCUGAACUUUGCACAUCCCCGGCGCAUUCCUGCCUUUACACAGCUCAGCAACAUCCCCGCCCUUCCCAGCCUCACCUGCUCGGGCGCCUCCAAACUCCAACUCAGGAAGAGGUGCGAGCUCAUUGACUUCCCACACUGUAUCCCGCAGCCCCAUCAUUCUGGGACCACAAACUCCCCUCCCUCCUGCGCACUUGGACAGGACAUUUGUUUUCUCUCGUGCCUCGACCUUUAGAGCUGUGACAUUUUCAUAUAAACUGCAGUAGGGAAGGGCCCUGCUUGAACUGUGAGGGGCGUCCAUCUUGCGCGCACGGUGUAAUACUUCGCUUCCCGGUAACUUUUAUUAAAGGGAAAACACACCCUACGAGCACGACUUUCUUAUCAAAACACAUGUGCAGCAGAGAUAGCUUUUCUCCACACGCUUAUCUGCAUGUAGUUAAGGUAUAAGGUUUUUAUUAAGGUAAAAUCAACUCUCAGACUUAAAUGCAACACCGCCCCCAAUGGGCAGAUUGACAUGUGAAUGAGACGAGGCUUCCUCUAAGCAUCCCUCAGACUUUCCAGCGCCCUCGUUACAUCGAGGACUGAGAGCUGCGUGUUAGAUGAGAGUAUGCGCAAUGAACUUCCUCUUUAGCAGGAUUCUUGGCGAGCACCUACUAUUACCAUCAGUUCGGGCAGCCACAUGGCCAGUAGAGUGAAAGCUGAAAUCAUAAAUGAAAAUCUGGCCUUUUUACUGUAGUGAGCAUGCCCACACCUGGAGAAGAGAAGAGAGAAGGGGAAGAGGAUUGCACAAAAUAACUUCUGCAGAAAUACCCCAGACCAGUGCAGUUUUCUGCUAACAGGAGCACCAGUCCAGGGUAUCUGGCAGCUGUGUACUGGUGGAGGUAUUGAAGGGAUGUUGCCAAACUUUUCGACAGGGUCGUGUCAGUUCCAACCUUUUCAGCAGCCGGGGAGCAGCAUAGUAGUUGAAGUGCUAGAUAGAGCUAUGGUUGAUGCUAAAGUCUGUGCCUCCAACAUUGCAGAGAAGACUGGAAAACAAGAAAUGAAAAUAAUUCAAGAACCCUCAUUGGAAAAUGGAGAGAAAGAAACUUUGAGUGAAAAAGACCAGCUCAGUGCAGUUAACUUAAUGAAUGGAGCAGAAGCCAGUGACCUGUCCUCUGUUAACGCAAUGAUGUCUACUGUGAUGAGUGCAGCCCACAUAGCUGAAAAUGGUGGGAGCUUACAGAACACUAAAUCACCAGCAAAGUCUCCUGCUCCAAACAGGAUUGGCCGAAAGAAUCAGGAAUCAAAAGAGGAAAGAUCAUCUUAUACCUGUCCCUUGUGUGAAAAGAUCUGCAAUUCUCAGCACCAACUUACAACACAUAUCCGCCAGCAUAAUACCGACACCGGAGGAACUGAACAUAGCUGCAGCAUUUGUGGAAAGUCUUUGAGUUCGGCUAGCUCACUAGAUCGCCAUAUGCUUGUCCACUCUGGAGAGAGGCCUUACAAAUGUUCAGUGUGUGGGCAAUCGUUUACUACCAAUGGGAAUAUGCACAGGCUGGAACUAGGAAACAGAGCCAUAUCCUAUUUCAUCUCUCUCCUUAAAAGGCAUAUGAAGAUACACGAAAAGGACCCAAAUGUUGCAGUUACUACAAGUCCACCUUCACCCCAAAAACGAAGGAGACUGUCAACAAAAAGGAAGUUAAGUUCUGAAGUGGAAGCAGAGAAAGAAGAAACCCCGUCAGCAAAAAAGGUUGUUGAAGAGAUUCAAGCUGUAGAGCCACUGAAGAAGACAGAAGAUAUUGUGCAUUGCCUUGUGUGCGCUAAAGAAUUUUCCUGCAAAUCAGAUCUGGAUAGUCACAUGGAACUGCAUCCUGAAGCCUCUCUUAAGUGUGAUAUUUGUUGCAUUUCAUUUCGUACCCAUCGAGGUAUGUUGCGCCACAACGCUGUAAUCCACAAGAUUCUCCCUAAAGAUGCAUCUGGAAAACCAUUCAUUCAGAGUAACCCGAACAUCCCUGCUGGAUUUAAUGAUUUGAGUUUCACUGACUUUUCCUGCAGGAAGUUUCCUAUUAUUUCUCAGGUCUGGUGUGAGACAAAUCUAAGAAGAUGCAUCAGUGAUUUACAUCGCUUCAUCUGUGAAACUUGCAAUAAAGCAUUUCCAGUGAUCUCUGCUUUGAAACUGCACAUGGAAACUCAUCAAAAAGGACAACUUAACAGUAAGCACAAUAAUGAAGAUGCAACAGAAGAAGCUCAAGACCAGAAAGCAUAUAUGGCAGCCCUGGGCCUGCAGCACACCAAAGAUGUCAAGCCUGCUAGCCAGGAAGACUACAUGCCAGACUGCUUUGAGGCAAUGCGGCUAGAAGCUUUGAAGAGUAACCUAUCUCAGGACAUUGGUAGUGUAAGCUUACUGAAAAUAUCACCUCUAGAAGCGCCUUCUGUGUCUGGCUCAUUCUCAAUUCUUCCUCCAAUGAAAGAGAAUAUGAAGCUGCUUUCUCUUCAGCCUUUUCAAAAGGGCUUUACCAUACAACCUGACAACAGCAUUGUUGUGAAACCCAUCUCUGGUGAGCUUGCUGAUAUUCAGCAGAUAUUAAAGAUGGCAGCCUCGGCUCCCCCACAAAUUAGAUUCACCCCCCUGGCAAAAACUUUACCUGGCAGCACUCAGCCUCAAGCCUUCAAGCACAUGCCUCUACUGAAACCAAAACCACUGGUGGCACCUCGUACAGUUGUUGCUUCCUCUACUCCACCCCCUAUUGUAAACACUCAACAGGCAUCACCAGGCUCCAUCAGCCCGAGCCUUCCUCCCCUGCAACUAAGGAAUAAGGGUGCAGUGGAAUCUCCUACCAACGCCAUAUUUUUACAGUCAAGGUCUGAAACUAAUGGCAGCUCUUCAACUCAGAAUUCACAGUUACCAAACACUGGUGCUCUGAGUCAGUGUGAGAUAAAAACUCAACUUGAACAGGACAGUAUUAUAGAAGCAUUCAUGCCUUUGGAUUUAGACUCGAAAAUAAAGCAAGAAGCAACCGAAGGUGAUCUGAAAGCAAUUAUUUUUGGAGGAAACAAUAAAAAAACAACCCCAGCAAAAAAGGUUUUCUAUCCUUGUCGGUUUUGCGAUCAGGUAUUUACAUUCUCAGGUCUUUUAAGGGCUCAUAUCCGUACCCACUUAGGGAUAUCACCAUAUCAAUGUAACAUCUGUGACUAUAUUGCAGCUGACAAAGCAGCAUUAAUUCGUCACUUGCGCACGCAUAGUGGAGAAAGGCCAUAUGUAUGUAAGAUUUGCCAUUACCCUUUUACUGUAAAAGCCAACUGCGAGAGACACCUCCGUAAGAAACACUUUAAAGUGACCAGAAAAGACAUUGAAAAGAAUAUUGAUUAUAUAUCUACAAACACAGCUGAAAUGGUGGAUGUGCUCUGUUCACCAGAUACUGUUUGCAAAUGCUGUGGUGAGGACUUGAAAAACUAUCGUGCCCUUCAUAUACACAUGAGGACCCACAACAAUUUUCAGAAAAAGAAGCCAUUUGAAUGCAAAGAGUGUGGAACUGCAUUUUCUGCUAAAAGAAAUUGCAUACACCACAUACUUAAACAACACCAGAAUGUGCAAGAGAAAGAAAUUGAGAGUCAUAUUUUAACUGUAGAGUGUAAUCCUGAGCAUAUUAAAUCAAGCACCCCAGUUUUGGGGGAUAGCACUUACCUUGAUCGAAAGCCUACAGCAUAUUUGGCAUCCUGUAAUGGCUUUCUUCCUGGUGGGGUGACAAAUUGUUCAUUAAAACUCGAACCUAAUACCAGCUAUCCUAUAGAUCUUGAUGAGCCUUUGGAUUUUUCACAAAAGAAUAAGACUUCCAGUGCUCUCCCAAUCAAGCAGGAAAAUAUCUAUGGCUCAUCUGCAGUCUUAUAUGAGGACAUCAUGGAGCCUAUUGAUCUUUCCAUCCCUAAACAAGCAAAACAGGACAAAGAAGAUUCUCAGACUCACCCAAAAAAUACAGUGACUCCACCUGUGUCGGCUGGACCAUUAUACAACUGCCAACCAUGCCCUAUUUCCAUAAGUGCCAAUGAAAACCCGGACAAAGCUACAGCUGUCAUACAUUCCAACUCAUUAAAAGCUCCUUUGCAAUUGACAGUCCCUAUAAUUUCUCCGGCGGUUCUGGGUAGUGCAACAAUUUUGCGCCCAUUGAGGCCUAAACCACCACCUCUCUUGCCAAAGCCUCCAGUGUCUAAAGAACUUCCUCCCCUAGCAUCCAUUGCACAGAUAAUUUCAUCCGUAUCAUCUGCAUCUGCUUUGUUAAAGACUGAGAUCACAAAUCAAGCUUCUCAGGUAAAUGCCAAUAUUUUACCAACCAUUGACCGAUCCGGGUCUUCCAAAACGACAAUCGCUCACAAAGAACUUGCUGCUUCGUGCAAUACUCCCCAACCUGCUGCAACCCCAGCUAUUUCAGACAGCAAUGAUGCUGUUAUCUUAGGAGCAAAAAAACGAGGUAGAAAGAAAGGAACAAAAAAAAAGCUGAAAACAGCUCCUAGUCUAGAUCUUGAGUCUAGCGGAGAAUUUGCAAGUAUUGAAAAAAUGCUAGCCACUACAGACACUAAUAAGUUCAGUCCUUUCCUUCAAUCUACUGAGGACCUCAAACAUAGCAUAGACCAAAUUGGAACCAGUGAGGAAGACCGAGACAGCGGUGAAGAUAAAAGAGGGAAAAGGAAUUCCUAUUCUAAUUCUUUACAGAAAAUCACCUGCCCGUACUGUCCUCGCGUUUUUCCCUGGGCCAGCUCUCUGCAAAGACAUAUGCUCACUCACACAGGUCAGAAGCCCUUCCCAUGUGCAAAGUGCGAUGCCUUCUUUUCUACCAAAUCUAACUGUGAGCGCCAUCUCUUACGUAAGCAUGGAGUUGCCAACCUAUCAUUGCGAAGAAACGGUCUAAUUACCCUGUCUAAAGAAAGUGAUGUUGGAUCUCAUGAUAGCACAGAUAGCCAAUCAGAUGCAGAGAUGUCCUCUCCUGAGCUUGAUGCACUAGACCUGUCAUCUGUGGACAAAGAUAAAACAGAAGUAGAUCAAACCCAAGAAAGCAAUCAUGCAUCACAAAAUCCAGAGCUGGAAAAUCAGCCACCAGAUAACAAGAAACAAACCAAAGUUGAACCAGAUGAAUACAAGGCACAAUUAGAAGAUGAUGUUGUAAGCAACAAAAGUCUUGAUCUUAAUUUAGCAAGUAAACUGAUGGACUUCAAACUAUCUGCAAGUGAGAAGGCUGCCAGCAGCAAUGGCAACUUCUGUGAUGUUUGUGGAAAAAACUUUAAGUUUGCUGCUACUUUGGGGAGACACAAAAAGGCCCAUUCAUGUGAAAACAAGGGAGCAGAGAGCCAUGGAGAUGAUGAUGAUGAUGAUGAUAAUGGUGUGUUAACUUCCGCCUGCAAUCCUUCUCAGAGUAUUGUCACGGCAGAAGUUGAGGAUAUGGAGGAAGAGCACCCUAUUGAUCUAAAAGUAUCACAAUCUCCCAUGGAGAUUGAAUUGAACUCACAAAAUAAGGGGGAAGACGACCCUGUCUCAGCUGAAGAAUACAUAGAAAGGACAUUGUUGGAAAAAAAUGAUGAGGAGUCCAAAGCUAAUGAAACAAAGGCAUCUUCAAAAGCUGAUAAACGGAAAAAAAUAUGCACUGUUUGCAGCAAACGCUUCUGGUCCUUGCAGGAUUUAACGAGACACAUGAGAUCUCAUACAGGUGAAAGGCCAUAUAAAUGUCAGACAUGUGAACGCACGUUCACUCUGAAACACAGUCUGGUUCGCCAUCAGCGUAUACACCAGAAAAUGAAAGAUGUCAAGGACCCAGGGAAAGACUGUGACAAGGACGACAGUCCGUCAAGGUGUGAAGAAGAAAGUGAUGCAGACUCCAUACAAAGCAGCACACAGCCUACAUCUGAGAAUGAAUGUGAUACACCCACUAGUCUUAACAACCCGAACUUGCCCGAAGCAAAAAGAUCUUGCUAGGAGACGUGCAUGAGGAAUUGCGCUAAAGACCUGGGACAGGAUCCCUAAACCAUCUUCUUUGUAGAUUGGAUCAAAGACAUGGAAAGUCAAGCACCUCCAACUGCAAAAGUUUUUAAAUGUUUCAAGGAAAAAAAAAUUUACCUUGUAAGAGUUUUCCAGGCCCAGCUAAUUGAGCCAGUGAUGUGGGAAACAACCCUGAAAAUCUUGUUAGAAGCAUUAUUUUUGAAGCAAUAUUUCUUUUUUUACAGCUAAGAGAGUAUGGCAAGCCAUAACAAGUGCCAUAAUCUUUCAGCUAAAUGCAAAAAACUUUAUACUGAUUCUGAGUGCCUUACUACUUUAUUACAUCUUUUGGUAUCAAACGUAUUUUUCAGUUUUUCAAAUCUAUAUAUAUAUAUAUAAAAAAAAAAUUCUAUUGAAAGAAUAUUACUUUAAAGAAAUAUACAAAGAGGACUGUUUCAAGCUAAGCAUUAUGAUGAACUUGUAUUUGUGUGACAGAGCUUGCCCUUGUAGAACACUGUCUAUCCUGUGGUGGACACAUGAGGAAGCCAUUCAGUGCUACGGCAAAUAACUGAAAGUCAAGAACGAGCGUUAAUGGAGGUUUCACAGUGAAUUGCCAUCAUCGUUUCUACUCUUGACCUCUCCUCUCUAGAAUUCCCAGCUCAUUUUAGCAAUACAGGAAUAAACUAUGAGAAGACGUCAUGCCUCAUACAUUCUGGAUACAAAUACAUAACAAUUGGCAUGUGCUGUACAACCAGGAAAAAUGAAACCGAUUUCAGCUUUGCUACUUGAUUCCACUCGUACCUUUUCUGAUUGGUGUUAUUGUUCAGUUAUUGUUCUACCUCCAAUGGAGCACAGUGGAUUUACCAGAAACAUUCUAACGAGUGGACAUUAACUCUGCCCCCCAUGCCUACAUACUGAUUCUGUUUGCUUGAAUUCAACAGCGUACAUGUCUCUGCAUUUGCAGAACUGUUUGGGCAAUAUUUGCCCUUCAAAACUUUUUUUUGAAUCUCGGUAUUAAUAUAUAUGUAUAGACAUUUGUUUUUUUCCAACCCCCGGAUUCUAGCCAUUGCCAAGUUUGUGCAUUCCACCAUUCCUACCGUACUGUUAUCAAACCUAGUCGCAGGGAAAGCCAAUGCCUGUGCGUGACAGGCUCAAUUCAGACAAUUUAGAUCAUGAUGGCUGCCUGACGACUAUUGAGAACAAGCAAAGAGUUCUGUCUUCCAGUAUCCGUAAUCAUGCCUUACCUUUACCUUGGCCCUUUAUACAUUUGGGCAAGAAUGUCAUACUACUGGUAAAACUAGAGUCGCUAGAAAUGAAAUGUAUAAAGAGACUUCUCCUGGGGGAUUUUUGGGUUGGAGCUCAAGGCGAGUGUAUAAAAUGAUGCGUUCAUAUGUGUGUGUUGGGGUAUUUAUAUGUGUGUAUAUAUAUAUAUUGCUUUUGCAUAUAUAUCUACACACAUAGAUACAAAAGUGUGAAUGGGAAUUAUUUGUUAUUAAGAUUAAAUGGGGGCUACUGUAGCUGUGCAAUUGCUCUUCUCAGUUUGUAUCAAGCUCUCAAGAAUAACAUUUGUUGGACCUUGAGGUCCUAGCACUGCAUUUUAGUUAUCCCUUUGUCCAAAGUAUUUAAUAACACUGUGCUAUUCAACCUUA